CAGAGCCAUGUUAGCUAUUUUCCCCUGCUGCGAGUCUCUGGGCUAAGCUAAGCUAACUGGCCGCUAGCUAUGGCUUCAAAUUUCACUGACAGAUAUGGGAGUGAUGUUAAUCUUUUCACUUAACUCCACAACAAAAGGAAUAAACACAUUUCCCAAAAUGUCAAACUACUGCUUUAGCUUGUAAUAUUAGUGUAGAGACACUUUACAUGCAGUCCUAUUACAACAAUACUGAUCCUUUACUCACAGGUGCAAUUGAGCCCGCCCCCAAAAUUGACGGACGGCACAAGGCAGCUGUGACAUUGCAGGAGAACAUGACACACCGGUUCAACUGCCAAUCAGGUGGCUGGGAUCCCCGUGCCCCUCCCUUGCUUACCUGGUACCUGAACGGGGAGCAGCAGAGAGAGCCCCACCGUGGGCGCCUGGUGAUGACGUCGCAGGAAGAUUCUGAGGUCAUGAGACCGGGAACCAAUCACAACAGCACCUUCUCUCUGCGGGCCAGGAAGUGGGACAGGGAGCUAGUGUGUGUCGCAUCGAAUCCCAGGACAGGAGAGAGUUACAAUGCCACGGUCACACUCAAUGUCCAAUUUCAGCCAGAGAUCCUCAGGGUAAACGCCCACUACAGUGAAACCUCAGAACCCGGCCUCUCCCUGGUCCUCUUCGCCUUGGUAAGGUCUAACCCGCCCGCCACCAUCACUUUUGUGGACCAGUCCGGCCAGCUGGUAGCCAACACCUCUGACUUCCUCAUCCUGGACUCACGAAGCUAUCCCUGGUUGACCAAUCACACGCUGAAGGUCAUGCUCAGUAACCUAUCAGGGAAUGUCUCGCUCAACGCCAGCAACAGUGUGGGAACUGUGCAGAGUAACCUAACACUGGCAGAGUUCCUUCAGUCUCGUGUGGAGGUGCCCAUGCUGGGAAUAGUGACUGGGGGAGCCAUGGCCUUCAUGGCCCUCCUCAUCCUCAGUCUGAUAGUUCUCUGCCUCAUGCAAAAAAACAAGAUCAAGUCCUUUGAUGAGCCAGUGGAGAUUCUGAUGACCAAGAAAAGUGACUCUGCCAAUCUGAAGGCAGAGAAAGCUGAUAAGACCCACAUCCCGAGAGAGAACAUGUCUCUGCCUUCUAACAUGCAGCUCAACGACCUCAGCACUUUGAGAAAAGCCCGAGAGGCGGCCCAGCAGAAUAGUGUGGGUGAGAAGAAGGAAGAGGAGGAGGAAGAUCUGUCUUUAGCCUAUGCUGCUAGAGGUUUUGCCCGAUAUCCGAUGGUGGGCUACAUCUAUAAAGUGAACAGCACAAGCAGCGAGGAGAUCUGGCUGUGACUGACCGCAAAAUUACAAACACAAACACACACACACACACAAACAUAAUGUUCAUGCAUGCAAAACAGUGCAGCUGUCCGAGAGGAAACCCAGAACAACUGCCAGUCAGUCAUUUAACCAAUCAUCAAUCUCCUUCAAGCUGGACCAGGACGACCAGGAAACUGGUCUUGUUGUGAAGAUCUUAUCUGUUUCUGGGUCACAACACACUCUCUGACGAGUUCAUCAUGAGUCUUUUUGAAUCUCAAUAAUGCAAAGUAUGAACUCUACGUAUAAAUGCUCAUGUUCUGUAUGUUUUGACAUGAUUUCCUCCUGUAACCACAUACUCAUAAUGUCCUCCUCCCCGUUGCAUUAUUGGAAUGCAUUAAUUGUUCUAUGCUAACACCAGAAUGUCCAAGAUACUGUACUGUAUGUGAGAUUGUACAUUUUGAACAAUAGUAUCCAAAUAAGAUGGCACAUAAUUAAAGUACAUGUAUUUGUAUAAUGGAUAUGUCAUGUACUGUAUAUUUGUAUGCAUAUGUAUAUGUGUA